AUGGAUCGACAGAGAACUUGGGACACCGUUCUCUCUCAAAUCCAGUGGCGACAGAUGGACAAGAGUGUGUCUACAGCAGAGAUUGGAGACUUGAUAGAAUUUGUGCACCCGUGGUUGGGAGUGUCUCUGUGGGGAAUUUACAUGGGACAAGGUCAUGUGAUUCAUUUUGGAGUGGGAGAUGAGAACAUGACUCAGAAAGCGUGCCGCAGCCUCAUACAGCAGAUGCUGCCCAGGUCGAAAGGUGGCGGUGUUCUGAAGAAGACCACCAUCACCUCUCAGCCUAUCGCCGACAUCAGAGUGCCCGCAGGAACCCGCAUCCAGGUCAACAACGACAAGCACCAACUGGUUCCGUCCAUAACGGAGCAGAUGAUGCAUCGCUGUCAUACUUUCCUGAACCAGGAGUUCAAAUACGACCUGAUCAACUUCAACAGCGAGCAUUUCGCCACGUUCGUUCGCUACGGCCGAGCCGUGUGCACGCAGAUUCCCUUUCAGAAACUGAAUGGAGACCACUUUGACACGACCGAAACUCUUGAACUGAUAAUGCAGCAGCGUUUGGAGACAGAAACUUAA